CCCCCCAAGGGUUCUCUCGGUAGCUCCGGACAUCAGGAGUGAUGUGCUGAGCUCCCACAACCUUCUGCUGUCCCCAGGGCUGGCCGGGCCCCUGCACUGGCUGGAGAACUGCCUGCGGAGGGCAGCAGGGGACCGUGAGGAGGACGGCGUGUCCCACCCGGUGCCGCUGGUGCCGCUGACCGAGGAGAACGAGGAUGCCAUGGAGGACCGGCGCUUCCGGAGGCUGCUGCGGCAGCUGGGGCUGCGUCCUCCCGCCAGCGAGCAGGAAUCCUUCUGGCGCAUCCCGGCCGCCCUCACCCCGCAGCAGCUCCGGCGUGCGGCCGCCUCCAUCGCCCACCGUGCCCCCUCAGGGUCCCCCCAGGAUCUGCCAGAGCCACCCAGGUGUCCCCAGGAACCGUCUGCAGGUGAGGGGCGGGGCUGGGGGGUGCGGGACCCCCAGGUGUGGGGCUGGCUCUGAGCCCCUCUCCUUGUGCCCCUCUGCAGAGCCGCUGCCGGCAGGGCUGGGAUCAGACUCGGAGAGCGAGGAGCCCGUCCCUGUCCCUGUCCCCGUCCCUGUCCCCAGCCCGGUGCCACCACGUACCAAGAGGCGCCGGGAGCUCGCCAGCGAGGAUGAGGAUGGUGGGAGCUCAGGUGGGUUCAGCCCCUCUGCCCUUUCCUGGGGGCUGAGUGGGCACUGCUGGGCUGGGGUUAUCCAGUCCCUGUCCCCUUUGCCACAUCCCUGGGGGGCUCAGCCCUCUCCCCUCUCCCUCCAUCCACAGGCACCAAGCCGGCCCCCCCAGCUCCCCGCUCCGAGGAGGAUGAGGAGGAGGAGGAAGAGGAUCCACAGCCCCGGGGGAGGAGGAAGCGCAUCCGCUGCCUGGAAGAGGAAGAGGAGGAGGACUGAGAGGCUUCCCAUAUCCUGCCUGUGCCCAGGCCUUGUGCUGUUUCCUGGGCUUUUUGCAGAUUUUAUUGGAUUGCUGCAGCUUUUCUGCAGUUUUUCUUGGGUUUCUACAGAUUUUCUGGGGUUUCUGCAGAUUUCCUUCUGCAGGUUUUGAUGCUGUUCUUAAAGGCUGCACCAGCAACCAGUUUCUCCACCUUCCCCCCCUUCCCCUGCUGUCACCAUUUACCCUGAAUUCCCUCCCUUUUCCCUCAGCUGUUGGGGUUUCGGGUUCUUUUUUUUCUUAAAACUUUUUAAAUCUAGACAGGGCCUAAAUAAAUAAAAGUGACUUUUGCCCUCC